CUCUGCCCCCUCCGCGUCUUCUACAUUCGGCUUCAUUAUUCCGCCUCAGCUCCAGUUCCAACCGGCACGAUCCAAUAUAGAAAUAGAACAGUCCUUUACUUAGCAUUUCAGCAACACCUCCACAACUCCAACUUCAAAGCCCAGACAGCCCUCACCGGGUCAUCGACAAUCAGAACAACCAUGUGCAAACACGUCCUCAACGCUCAAGUGGCAAUCCGAUCCCCUUGCUGCAAGAAAUGGUUCGAUUGCGCCGAAUGCCACCAAGAGACCGAAAGACAUCCCCUCCAGAAAGCCAGUGAGAUGGUCUUCGCCUGCAAAAAAUGCAAAAAAUGCUUCCGCAAGGACACCGCCGAAUUCGACGAGAGUGACGAAUACUGUCCCCACUGCGACAACCACUUCGUGAUCGAGGCCGUGACGCCGACGCCGACGCUACACGUGGAAGGCGAGGAUGCGCGGGUGGAUUCGAGAAUGCUCAAGGAUGAUCGGGUUCGUGGGCACCAGGAGAAAUCUAUCUUCAAUUUCAAGGAUAUCUCGGAUCGGUUGGGUUAGAAGUAGAUUUCGCUUCUGCCUGUCUGGGCCCAAGGCAAAGCAGGGGUUUCUUUUUUUACGAAGAUUUACGAUUUCAUGCUACAUUUCUUUUCGUUCUUUUUUUGUUUAUCUUAAUUCGAAUUGGUGUUGAGGGUGGG